GGAGAUUUUAUACGAGAUCGAGAACUAAGAAUGCGUUGGGACCCACGAACGCAUCGUUAGACAAGAAGUUCGUAUUUAUCAUCCAGUUUCUUCGUGUCCUGAUAGGCCUUAAGAUUUCCUUAGCAAGAAUGAAUUAUUACACUCCUCAGGAAAUGUCAUCCACCAAGAAACAGCGUAGCUGUUAUAUACGAUAACUUAAUAUUAAUAUACGAUUAAUAUACGAUAUAUUAAUAUACGAUAACUUUGUAGUACUUACUACUUUGUAGUAAGUACUACAAAGUUAUCGUAUAUUUUCCUUUACCAUUUUCCACAUUUAAUUGUAUUUUUCAAACAGUUUUAACAAUCGUCGUUACACACCGUAUGUUCAUCGAAGCAGUUAUACGCCAUCCGUUUCUCAAGAUGAAACUGUAUCGUGCAAGAAACAGUGUGGUGACGUUUCUGAUGAUGAAUCUCAUAACCCACCGCGUAUCAUGUGCAGGAGGUUACCACUGACAUCUACAGCAUUCAAAUACAGAGAUAUUGGGAUCAGAGUAGUACCUCGUGCAUCCUACGUAGAAAUAAUUCUCGGCGAUAAUCAAGGACGUCAGAUGGAGUUAGAUCAAUCAAUUUGGAAAGAAUACAGAAAUAUUCAAUCAAAAAUAGACCAGCUGCUAAAGGCAACAGAUGCGUCAUCAUCGUCAGCGAUACAGCUUAAUCAUUUAGCUAUAGAACUAGUUAGAACGCGCCACGGAAAUAUUGUAAAAGUAACAUCAAAUAAUACUUCUAUGUACAUGAAACCAUCAACCAUAUCAUUUUUAUUUGAACUGGAACACUGUGUAGACUGCAUAUAUUUUCAACUGUAUGCGGAUCUAGAAACUGUACAUGAAAGCUUCGAAGAACUCGUUGUGCAUGUACAAGAUAUGUGGAUGAGUGGCGAAAAAAAAUCCGAUACACCGAACGAUGCAGUUAGAAUCCUACACGACAAGUACUAUAAAAAUUCAACCGAAAAUUGUGAAUUUAUUUCGAUCAUAAAGUGCAAAUUAAUGGCUUAUGCCGUAAAAGAAAUUCUUGCCGAAGCCCAUAAACGGGGUGAUGUAUUUUGAUAAAUUGAGAUAAUAAAAUGAGAUUAAAAUUUUUUAAUGACAUACAUUUUCUUUCACUUCCAAUCCAUUCUAUCUUCCCUUCCCAAGUAGUUAAUAAGAAGAAGAGCGACAACGUACCCAAGCAGCAAAAUAGGGCGAAAUUACGUUUAUUUUACUUUCUGAUAGGUUGAAAAGUCUGUUCGACGAAGCCCAAUUUAUGUUGUAUCGACGUCGAAAGAAGAUAAGUGGGGAAUAAAGUAGAAGUAAUUUUACGGUUGAAAUUAGGUAACGUAAGGUAUUUCGUCCUAUAAGUCAUAGUCUGAUUUUGUGAAAUGGACCUAGCAGAAGGUCGAAUAUCAGGCACAUCUUGGUAAUUUUGACCAAAUUGUACCCUCUUUUCGGUAAAACUUCACAAACACGGACCCAGCCCUUG